AUGAGACAGGAAUUAGUCUUGAUACGAGAAAAAGAUGAUAUUGAUGCUAUUAUUGCUACAGAUGAAACAGAAAAGCCAAAAAUUGAAAUUAAUAAACUUUAUUGGAAUGUACCUCAUAUUUUACCUAAUAAUAGCGAACAAUUGCGGCUAAACAAAAUAGUUCGUAGUAAUACGGAACUACCUAUAAAAUUUAGAAGUUGGGAAUUAAUUGAAUAUCCUACUUUAAAUAAUUCGACACGUCAUACUUGGCCAGUAAACACAACUACAAAAUUAGAAAGUCCUCGGCAUAUUGUAGUAGCUUUCCAUGAUGGUCGAAAAGGAAAAAUGCUGAAAGAUAUGAAUCUCAACUUAGACUAUGACAGUAACCGUUUUGCAACAUUGUAUGAGAUGUUUGCUAAUUUCCAAGAAUCUUAUUAUCACCUUCAAACUAAUCAACCAAUAUUUAAUCCAGAGGAAUUUAAAAAUAAUACCCCCAUAGUUCAUACUGACUGUUCAAGACAAAAAGAAAUUAUUCAAAGUGGUUCUGUUGUUCUGAGAAUAGAGUUUGAAACCAGUAAAUCUGUGGGAAAUAAUGUUUCCGCAUAUUGUCUAAUAUUACAUGAAAAAGAAUUCUCUUACAAUCCUUUAACCAAAAUUGUAAGACAACAAUAA